AUGAGGUUGUACUGUGAUAGCAAGGCGGCUAUCAACAUAGCUCAUAAUCUAGUUCAGCAUGACAGAACCAAACAUGUGGAGAUUGAUAGGCACUUCAUCAAGGAAAAGCUCACUAGUGGCAUCACAUGCACUCCAUUUGUGAAGAUUAGUGAUCAACUGGCGGAUGUUCUUACCAAAAGAAUAGGGAAUAAACCAUUUCAUGACAUUCUCAUCAAGCUGGAGACCACUGGACCAGAGAUUUGGAAAGGCUCGGGUGGGAAAGUUGAUGCCUCUGUUUCUGGGAUAGGCACAAGUGGUACAAUUACAAGUGUUGGGAGGUACCUUAAAGAGCAAAACCCUGAGAUUAAGCUAUAUGGUGUAGAACCAGUUGAAAACGCAGUUUUAAAUGGAGGAAAACCUGGCCCUCAUAAAAUUCAAGGAAUUGGUGCUGGUUUCAUCCCUGGGGUAAUGGAUGUCGCUUUAGUUGAUGAAGUUGUUCAAUACUGCCAAGGAGGGUGGGAUAAUUUACUAGGUGUUUAUCAGCAAUCCAACUUUGCCAAGCGGUAUGAGUUGGAAACAGCUAUGCAGAGUGCUCGUUAG